AUGCUCAUUCUCAUACUUCUAAAUAUCAUCUUCUUGUGUCUGCAGUUCAAUCUCCCAGCGGUCUAUGCCAAAUGCUGCCUUGCUGAUGUGGGCGGUGAUUGUGGUGACAACAGUGCAGGUACGCCCUGCUGCGGCUACAACAAGUGCAAUGGCUUCUGCUGUGCCUGUCCAGGAGUCACCAUCAUCCGCGAGCCUGUCGAACUCGAUUCUACGUCGUUCACUUCCGUCAUCACAGCACCGUCAGGUACGAUCUGGACAUGUCGAGCGAGCCAUAUCACGACUUGGAUACUGCCGCCACCGAGUUCGACUUCUAAGCGUGAUGCUGUAGACCCUCGUGCUCUCAGUGCCACGACCACAAUGGCUGCCGUCAACGGUGCGCCCAUGCCGACCUUGGAGACGGUCACCACAAAAGUCCCGGACUAUCGCAAGAUGUCUCCCCACUUCGAUGGGAACUUCAAUGACAUGUUCCACAAUCUGAGUGGAGGACUGAAAGUCGACGGUGCCAGCGUCGUUUCAAAAGAGGAGUAUCUAGGCUAUUUCGAUCUCUCGAAUGCGCAGGCUGGAAGUCAACGCGGGCAGAACGUGCUUCGCAAGUUCCAAAUGCAUGAUCGCAAUGGUGAUGGAUAUCUGACUCCCGACGAGAUGAGCCUGCUUUGCGAUGAGGAUGGCUGUGACGAAGGGUGAACCCUGUGGUUCGCAUACUGGUCGUCGUCUGGUCAACCGAUCAGUCAAGGGGAGAAUCAUUUGAGAUUUAAAGCACCCGAAUCAGGAUACUGUGAUUGAGACUGCGAUAACUACAAAGGCCGAGUGAGCCAGGCUCGUGGACUAGAAAAUGG